GCACUCGUUCUCUCUUGUUCUUAUACGAAGCAAAACGAGUACUAUCGCUCAUUCACAUCAGUGACGAUGCAGGAAGUAGCCGCAGUUCUCUUGGCUGCGAUGUCAUUAAUAAACGUGCUGCCUGUGACUGAAGCGUUCACUCUGGUGUACCCUCGCCUUCUUGAAGAGCGAGGACACGAUGGUGCACUUGUACUUCACGUAACGGACGAGCUCAUACUUAAUCUGCAAAAGAGCUCGAUAGCGGCACCCCUACUACGUGUGGUUCGUUACGAGAAUGGCAAGCACAUCACAAGCCUUCACAAAGGCGAAGAGUUUGAUGGCAGCCUGUACCACAGCAAGGACAAGUUCGCAUCAGUGCACGUUUCGCGUUCAGAGGACGGCAUUGAAGUGGAGGGCAUCAUUGGUCCAUAUAAGCGCAUUGAACCGAUGCCAACAAUGGCAAGAACCACAGAUGGACGAAUUGCCCACAUUGUACACAACAUCGACGCAGGUGGAACGACUAAUCGGGGUUCCUUUGACAAUGAACUUGCUCCCCGUAACGACAAUUCUGCCACUAGCACUGGGACGCCGCAAAAUGUUCCAGAAACUGUUGAGGUUGAAUUGUUUGUCAUGGUGGACACAUUCCACAGCAGACAUUUUCAUGAAAGAAAGAAGCUUAUUGCCUACGUCUGCAUAAUGAUGAACACCGUUAACCUGUAUCUUGCUGAGACUAAGCAACCCACAAUUAGGCUCCUGCUCACCGGUGUGGAGACGAGGGAGGAUGAGCCGUACCUCAAAUCAAAAGCAGAGUCUAUUAGCGCAGAAGAAACUAUCCAGGAACUCAAUAAUUAUGCUACUGCAAAUAAGGAUACGCACGGGAAUCCUGAUAUCGUAUACUUGUUGUCCGGCCGAGACCUGUACGGCCAAAGGUAUGGGAGGGCAGACAGAGGAUUGAGAGGUCUUGGCUACAACAGCGGCCUCUGUGCCUAUUAUCACGUCGCCCUCGGUGAAGACAAGGCUGGGACCUACAGUGGGGCUGACACUGCUGCCCACGAAAUUGGCCACCUGCUAGGAGCAACGGAUGACGGGUCGCCUCCUGAGCCUCACUAUCCCGGUAAACCAGACUCACGGAGGUGCUCAGGUUGGUAUGGCUUCAUCAUGAGCUACAUAAAGACGGGUGCGGCGAGCUACCACUACUCAGACUGCAGUCUCCAGCAGAUGCGAUAUUGGGUCAGCCGUGUGGGACCUUCAUGCUGGCGAGUGAACGCUAAAAAGAUAUACAAUGUAACGAAAAAAUAUCCUGGCAUGGUGAUGACGCCAGAAGUUUAUUGCCAGAGGUUAUUUCCUAAUGAACAGAAUGUUACCGCUGACCCGGGUGAAUGGUUCAAGGCCACGUGCAUGGUGCGUUGCUUGUACAAUCCAAGCGGUGAAGUGAUCCACACGGGGCAUACCAAGUACAAAGACGUAUACGCGCUGGAACAUACGCCUUGCGGAGAAGAGAAGGCGUGUAUACAAGGCUUCUGUACAGAGAAGCCACAGAAGAAGCCCCCAGAAUCAGAGAGAGGACAAUGAUGUGUUCAAUUCCAACCAGUUCUAUAAUUCGCUCAAAUUGAGAUAACACAUAAUAACGAAUACUUGAAAAAUGCUGCCAUCGUUUUAUUUUUUCACAAAUGUUGUCCGGCUAAUACUGUCACUUAAUCGGUGCAGUAACUUUUGCUCUUGGUCAUUAAAAACCAAAUCAAUGAAUAAAUAAAGUUAAAAUUUGA